CUCUUGACCAGUGGUGCAGGCAAGAGAGAUUGCAAUGAAAGUUGCUAUUGGAGAAUUCAUGGUGCCACUGUGUAGACUGGGAAGGAGGCAAAUCCCUCAAGGGCACAUACUAAUGAUCUGCUAAACACUUGUAGAUGAUCCAGACUUUUUCUCGCUGCGUGCUGUGCUGUGCAGAAGAAGUAGAUCUUGACGAGCUGCUUUCUACACGAUUGGUUUCAUUCCUAAUGGAUCACCAACAAGAAAUAUUUAAAGUACCAACUUACCUGCAGGUUGCAGUGCGAGAUCACAUAGAGCACAUGAAGAUGGCUCAGUGCAAAUAUCCAAAGGAAGAAAUUUGUGCCAUAUUGCCAACGUAUUCCUACUGCAAACAAAUAACUCCUCAAGAGUUUGAAGAACAAAAAGUUUCUACCUCCCAAGCUGCAGUGGCGGAGCUCUUGGAGAACAUUAUCAAAGAUAAAAACUUGACUGUGAAAGAUAAAAAGAAAAAGUUAAAACAGUUUCAGAAGGAAUACCCCCUGAUCUACCAGAACAGAUUUCCAACUACAGAAAAUGAAGCCAUGCUGCUUGAGAACAAACCCACCAUCAAACAACCCAUGCUUAGCCUAAGAAAACCAAGAUUUCGCAGCCUGAGAUACUAA